AUAACCUGAUGGAAUAAAAGGUUUAUCCAAAAACGUAUCAAAUAAUAAAUGGGUUCAAUAACUCUAACAUAUAAAAUAAAACGUUCGGCGAUGGCAUCAAUUACAAACGAAAUUCAAUUUCCACUGUACCUAAUAAUUUCGGCGACAGAAAUAUUCCUUCUAGUCUUUUAUUGUAACAGUAUUUACUAUACUUUACAAACGGUGUCUAAGGAGUUAAAUGCAACUUUGAAUGACGGCUUGGGUAGAUAUUAUUCAAACUCAGAAUGGCAACAUUUUUGGGAUAACUUCCAGCAACGAUAUUAUUGUUGUGGAAAUAUGGAAAAUACAGAUUGGUUUCAGGUAGCAUGGGUAUCGCCAAUCAUUAUUCCAUCGUUUCCUUCAUUAAAAAAAUAUACACAAGAAAAUGGCAAGUUCAUAAUGCCGAGUUCGCCCGUAUCGUGCUGUCUGCCAGAAAACACGUGUAAUAUUUUCACAGACUGUGAACAACCUGAUCCAGCAAAAUAUUACAAGCUUGGUUGUUAUUUUGUAAUAUUGAAAAAGUUUAACUAUUUAGGAAGUAGUCGAUUCAUUUGUUAUGCAGUGAUAAUUAUCCAGAUUACCUCUUCUAUAAUAAAGACUAUAUAA